GCUCUGUAGUCUGUAUUUAGAUUUGGUUUCCGAGGUCUUAAGGUUUAUUUACAGCCUGAUAAGCUACAGAAACCCCUGAAGUUGUCUCGUUUUCACCUCUUUUUGGGGUUCUGUCCUCCUUCCAUGGAUGAGAGAAGACAAAAGAACCGUUUAAACCAUAAAAGCCUAACGUUGCUUGCCCUGUUUAUUUUCUGCUUUAUUCACACCAUCCAAUGCCGAGAAGAAAUGACCGAGCGAAUCCCUACGGAGUCUCCGUCUCCAUCUAGGGUUCCGGAUUUGAAGAAUGAUCUUAGGAGGAUAUCCUUCAGCAUUUUGUUGGGAAUUUUAACUGGAUUUUGCUGUGCGGUUCUUUUUACUUGCUUCGUGAGGCUGGUUCUCCGUUACAUGAGCAGAACCCCAAUUCUCAAAGGCCCAGUGAUCUUCACUCCUAAGAUUGAUCCCAAGACUCUCCAAUCCGCUCUUUCAAAUGAGAACAACCAGUUGAUUGGGUCCAGCCCUAACGGAAAGUAUUACCGAGCUGUUCUUGAUGGGGGACUAGCCUUUGCAGUGAAAAGGCUUGAACCCUUGGACAAGGGCUGCCCAGAGAUUCAGUGCAAGUCUGUCAAGAGACGGAUUCAGCAAGAACUUGAAACUUUGGCAGGAUUGAAACAUCGAAAUAUGAUGAGUUUAAGGGCUUAUGUUCGUGAACCUCUUCGCUUGUCUUUGGUCUAUGAUUACAUCCCUACUGGUAGCCUUGAAGAUGCAAUGAACAGAGUCCGGGAGAACCAGUUGCAGCUCAGCUGGGAAGUUAGGCUUCGGAUUGCAGUUGGGGUGAUCAAGGGUCUUCAACAUCUCCAUUUUAGCUGCAGCCCGGGAGUUCUGCACCACAAUCUGAAGCCCACAAAUAUAAUGUUGAAUCCUGAGUUUGAGCCAAUGCUCUCUGACACUGGCUUGGCCAAGCUUGCACCCAAUUGGGGUACGAGGACAUCAGGCUACAUUGCUCCCGAGUGUUUCCAGAAUAGCAGGUACACAGAUAAGAGCGAUAUCUUCAGUUUUGGGGUCAUAUUGGGGGUUCUGCUAACUGGGAGAGAUCCUUUGGAUCCAUUAUUUGGGGAAGCAGUUGGUGGAGGAAGUUUGGGGCGGUGGCUCCGCCAUUUGCAGCAAGCAGGUGAGGCACAAGAAGCAUUGGAUAAGAGCAUUCUCGGGGAAGAAGGAGAAGAGGAUGAGAUGCUAAUGGCUGUGAGGAUUGCUGUCGUGUGCCUAUCAGAUUUGCCGGCUGACCGGCCUUCAAGUGACGAGCUUGUUCCCAUGCUCACCCAGCUGCACAGCUUUUGAAAGAAAUGCAUAUAAAUUGGAUUUUUUUUUUUUUUUUAAAUUAGUGGUUUCUUUUAAACCAUUUUGGGGUUUGGAAAAGAAAUUGUAAUCUUACUUUUUUGUACCCUUUUA